AUGAAGUUCGGCAAGAAGCUCCGCGCUACCGUCGAUAAUAGCUACGAGGAAUGGCGCCCCAUGUUCAUGUCGUACAAGGACCUCAAGGAGUGCAUACAUCCGCUCAAAGGGGGGGAGGGGAGCAAGGACGCCGACUCGCGCGACCCCAAUUCGGACCCAGAGAGACGGCCGCUCGGUGCUGGUGCGGGCGAUCGUGCGGGCGAUCGUCCGUUUGGCGCCGCCACCGAGCUCGUGAGGAAUAAGAGCAACCUGUACGCCGUGCGGCAUGCGGAGACAGCACACAGCCGCUUCUUUUCUACAUUUCGCCAUGAGGUCGACAAGGUCAAUGACUUCUUUCUGGACAAGCAGGAGGACUACAUCAUCGAGCACCGCCAGUUGUCUGAGAAGGUCGCCGAGUAUCUAGUUCCGGCCCGCCCGACCCGCACAGAGGUCAACCGCCUGCGCCAGCGCCUCAUCAACUUCCACGGCGAACUGGUCCUGCUGGAGAACUUCUCCACGGUCAACUACACUGGCUUCCGCAAGAUCCUCAAGAAGCACGACAAAAAGACCGGAACCAAUAUGCGCAACAUCUACCUGCGCACAGUCCUCAUCACCCCCUUCUUCCUCUCCAACACCGUGCGCAACCUCAUUCUGCAGACGGAGGCCCACCUCGCAUCUCUGGACACCGUCCGCAAGUUCCGCCGCGCCGCCGCCACCUCCUCGCUCGCGCUGGACGCCGCCCCGCCGCCGCCCAAGCACCCCGCCUCCGCCCUCCCGCUCGCCCCGGCCACCCUGUCCCCGUGCACCAAGGUCGUCAUGGAGCCGCCGCACCCGCACGCGUUCAUCUCGCCGCGCUCGGCCCUAUGGCGUCUGUACAGCGAGGCCCGCUCGUUCGGCGCCACCAUGCGCCACGCCCUUGCGCGCGCGAACGAUUCCCCGCCGUCGCCGUCCGCCCGCCCCGCCGUCCCCACGCCCCCGCAGGCACUCCUGGACCUCGUCGACGACAUCAGCGCCAUCGAGCUCGGCCUGGAGCCCGCCUUCCUCGCCGCCGUCAACCGCCCGUCCAACUACUGCAUCGCCGGCGAUGACUCCUUCUCCAUGGGCUUCUUCAUCGUCACCCCGGACACAAAGCUCCAGAUCUUCGAGUCGUACCACGGCGGCGCCUUCAUUACGAAGAACCUUCGCGGCCGCGCCUCACUACACGUGUACAAAACCGCCGCCGCCACCGCCGAGAAGCCUGCGGGGUCGCACGCGGCGCAGGACAAGCGCGACUUCUUCGUCGAAGAGAAACGCGCAGGCAUCACCGUCGGCCCGUGGCCGGCUGUGGCCCGCCACUCGCGCGACAUGCAUGUGCAGUGGGUGCCGCAGACGCUGUGCGCCAUCUUUUACGUGUGCACGCCCUCGCUCACGGCAGACAAUGACCGCAUGCUAUGCUACGAGGCGCAUCCGCUCAAGCAGUCGCGCUUUCGCGUGUCAAGUGACCCGGAAAACGUCGUGGAAUUUGUCAGGAUUACUUGCUGACACGUCUCCUGUCGUUACACGAUAGUCGGUUCGUGUGUGCAUAUGUGAGUCUUUAUCGCAGCAGCCCGUUUCGAGUUGACCACACGGCACUUUUUGUUCCUGCCGUGUGUGUAGACGGGGCGAAGACUGGGGGCUACUACGCUACCGAAGCACCUCGCAUCCGAUCGGUCUCGUACUGGAGAGCCAGCCAAAGCGUGGCGGCGAACACUACCCACCACUUUACCUCGACAAAUCCAAAUGUACCGAAUGUUACUACUAGGGCUAACCCAUGCAAAGGUAAAGGUAGGACAAAAUGCUAACAAGCCA